GAGCGAGCGAGCGAGAGGAGAGCGAGGUGGAGAGAAACCGAGGGAGAGAGAGCCCGAGUGUGUGGAUGCGUGUGCGUGUGUGAGCGCGAGGGAGCGAGCGAGGGAGAGGAGCGAGAGAGUGCGAGCGAGAAAGAAUAAAAGGAAAGAAGAUUUUCUCUAUGUAUAUAAAGAUGGCCACGUUAGCAAACGGACAGGCUGACAACGCAAGCCUCAGUACCAACGGGCUCGGCGGCAGCCCGGGCAGCGCCGGGCACAUGAACGGAUUAAGCCACAGCCCGGGGAACCCGUCGACCAUUCCCAUGAAGGACCACGAUGCCAUCAAGCUGUUCAUUGGGCAGAUCCCCCGCAACCUGGAUGAGAAGGACCUCAAGCCCCUCUUCGAGGAGUUCGGCAAGAUCUACGAGCUCACGGUCCUGAAGGACAGGUUCACAGGCAUGCACAAAGGCUGCGCUUUCCUCACCUACUGCGAGCGUGAGUCAGCGCUGAAGGCCCAGAGCGCGCUGCACGAGCAGAAGACCCUGCCCGGGAUGAACAGGCCGAUCCAGGUGAAGCCAGCGGACAGCGAGAGCCGAGGAGGUAGUAGCUGCCUGCGCCAGCCCCCUUCACAUAGAAAACUCUUCGUGGGCAUGCUCAACAAGCAGCAGUCCGAGGACGACGUGCGCCGCCUCUUCGAGGCCUUUGGGAACAUUGAGGAGUGCACCAUCCUGCGCGGGCCCGACGGCAACAGCAAGGGGUGUGCUUUUGUGAAGUACUCCUCCCACGCCGAGGCUCAAGCGGCCAUCAAUGCCCUGCACGGCAGCCAGACCAUGCCGGGAGCUUCGUCCAGUCUGGUGGUCAAGUUCGCAGACACCGACAAGGAGCGCACGAUGCGGCGAAUGCAGCAGAUGGCUGGCCAGAUGGGCAUGUUCAACCCUAUGGCCAUCCCGUUUGGGGCCUAUGGCGCCUAUGCACAGGCACUGAUGCAGCAGCAAGCAGCCCUCAUGGCCUCAGUAGCACAAGGUGGCUACCUGAACCCCAUGGCUGCCUUCGCCGCCGCCCAGAUGCAACAGAUGGCAGCACUCAACAUGAACGGCCUGGCAGCCGCUCCCAUGACCCCAACCUCAGGUGGCAGUACCCCUCCGGGCAUCACUGCACCAGCUGUGCCUAGCAUCCCGUCCCCCAUUGGGGUGAACGGCUUCACUGGCCUCCCCCCACAGGCCAAUGGGCAGCCUGCUGCUGAAGCUGUGUUUGCCAACGGCAUCCACCCCUACCCAGCGCAGAGCCCCACGGCCGCGGACCCCCUGCAGCAGGCCUACGCUGGAGUGCAGCAGUAUCCAGCAGCCGCCUACCCUGCUGCCUAUGGUCAGAUAAGCCAGGCCUUUCCUCAGCCGCCUCCAAUGAUUCCACAGCAGCAGAGAGAAGGGCCCGAGGGCUGUAACCUGUUCAUCUACCAUCUGCCCCAGGAGUUUGGGGACGCUGAGCUGAUGCAGAUGUUCCUCCCUUUCGGCUUCGUGAGCUUCGACAACCCGGCCAGCGCGCAGACCGCCAUCCAGGCCAUGAACGGCUUCCAGAUCGGCAUGAAGAGGCUCAAGGUGCAGCUGAAGCGGCCCAAAGACGCCAAUCGCCCGUACUGAGCGCCGGUGGGAGCGUCCCCCGGGGGAGACAAGGACUCGCACAGGGCAGGAUGCUGAACGGGCUACAUUAAAAAUACAAACCUCUCUCUAUAUAUAUUUAUAAAUGAGAACUGUUGGAUGACACCUUUGACAUAUCAGCCAAAAUCAAUCAAGCUGAAGACUCCAGACACUCUGUGACUGUAACAUUUCUUCAAGGAAAGUAUAGCGUCUAUGGAGUUCAGAGGGCACGUGUUUGGGGAAAAAAAUAAAUUUACACAUGACAUAAAGACGAAGAGUACGAAGAAAAAUGAGGAAUGAAAAAAACAAAAACCACCAAAAAAAGGCAACUUUAUAGACAAAAGAACAUGAAACCAGACUGGGAGGCUGAAGGGCUGGGAACUGGGAAGAGAUGCUGCCGACCGAUCGCCGAUCGCUGGGGCUUUGGCAGCCCAUGGGCGCCUAAGAGGCAGGUUGGGGCAAGCGGUGUGGCGGGGCCUGGUCCCCAGGUGCGGCUGGGAGGCCGCCACUGACCAUCUCUGCCAUUCCUUUAGCUAUUUAGGGACCAAAGGACCAAACUUUUUAUCGCAGAUGUUAGCUCUAUGUCAAAUAGAGGGGCAAAUGGAGGGAAUUCCUCCUUUCUGCCUCAUAGCUGUUCUUGAAACAGCUUAGAGCGAUUCUAUGAAAAAAUGUUAU